UCUACGCAUGUGCGCUCCCCUCCAGGGCGGCCCUAGCUGCUGGUCCUGUACCUCUAUGGUCUCGCCCUAGAGCUUCGCUAUUUUGGGGCAGUGGCCGCAGUCGUGUUGGUAGCAGGCCCCAAGUGACAGCAGCAUGGAAGAAUUCGACUCUGAAGAUUUCUCCACAUCGGACGAGGAUGAGGACUACGUGCCAUCGGGUGGCGAGUACAGUGAAGAUGAUGUCAAUGAAUUAGUGAAGGAAGAUGAAGUGGAUGGUGAAGAGCAGGCCGAGAAAACCAAAGGGCAAAGAAGGAAGGCUCAGGGCAUUCCAGCCAGGAAGAGGAAACAAAGCGGCCUCUUGUUAGACGAAGAGGAAGACGGCGAGGAAGACUCUGGAGGUAGCAGUAGGGAAGAAGAUGAAGAGGAGCAAGAAGGAGGCCUCGGGUCAGAGAAUGCAAGGAAGAAGAAGGAAGAUGAAUUGUGGGCCAGCUUCCUUAAUGAUGUAGGACCAAAGUCAAAAGCAGCCCCAAGUCCACAAGUUAAGGUAGCAGAGGAGACUGAAGAGACUAGUUCAAGUAAACCAUUGGUGAAAGCAGAUGAACUAGAGAAACCUAAAGAAUCAGACAAGGUGAAGAUUACCAAGGUGUUUGACUUUGCUGGCGAAGAAGUAAGGGUGACUAAGGAAGUAGAUGCCACAUCUAAGGAAGCCAAGUCUUUCCUCAAGCAAACAGAGAAAGAAAAACCACAUGCUCUUGUCACUUCAGCGGCGACACCACCCCCUGCUGGGUCAGGGAUAAAAAGAACAAGUGGGAUGAGCAGCCUUUUAGGGAAAAUUGGAGCCAAGAAACAGAAAAUGAGCACCCUUGAGAAAUCCAAAUUGGACUGGGAGAGCUUCAAGGAGGAAGAAGGGAUUGGUGAAGAGCUGGCCAUCCAUAACCGAGGGAAAGAAGGGUACAUCGAACGGAAAGCUUUUCUGGAGCGCGUGGACCACAGGCAGUUUGAAAUUGAGCGAGAUCUCAGGCUGAGCAAAAUGAAACCUUGAUGUUCUGGGGAGAAUUCGUAGCAGCUUAAUUCUGUUGACAAUGUGAGCUCUUCUGUGUGUCUGUGAAAUCUCCAGUGGUCUCCGUCAUGUUUCCAGCAAGUCCCUUUUUCUACGUUGCAGUUUGGUUUAUGUAUCUUAAUCUCACCUGGUUUCAUUUUACUUUUUAAAAUUUGUUUUUAAAUAAACAAAUAGAAGCCCUCUGUGAGAUUGGUGAAAGGAAAGCUGCUGUGCCCCUUCCCUGGCCAGCCAGGACCCGCUGCCACAUCUCAGACCUGCCCGUUCACAGGUCUCUAAAAUCAGCCUUUCCCAGAGACCCCUAAGGGCGUUUUCUGGGGCAGGCAGAGUCUCUGAGCAUUUGUUCUCAGUUCAUUCAGCUUUUCUCUUGUGUGAGAGCCUCUUGUGUAAGGUGGGGACACUGGAUAAGCUGUGUAUUUCCACCUCAGUGGUCCUUCAGCUCUGUGUGUUGUCGAGAGAGAUCCUGGCCAGUAAUGCUGGCACACACCUACAGUCCCAGCGCUGGGAACUGACCAGAACUUCUGCAAAUCUGAGGGCAGCCUGGGCUACAUAGUUCCAGACCAGCCUAGGAUGGAGAGUGAGUAAUGGGGUAGGGAGCAUUCCAAAGACCUCGUGUUCUUUAUACUCCUUAGGAGACUUCCCAACUCAAACUUCCUGCCCAGGAAGCAUUGAAGAGAAGACUAAGUAACAAGCCACCCAUUACAGCAUUAAAUUCCAUCCCCUGUUCCAAGGGCAUGGGAAUGGAGAGAAAAUGGGCUGCAAAGACUGCAUUCUGUUUCCUGCUCAGACACAGCUCUGUGGCCUUACCAUAGCUUUGUUUUCUGGGCUGUGGAUGGUGUGAAUCACAUCAGUCUCUCAGAGGGUCAAAUCAUCAGUGAGCUGAUGGCAGCCUAAGACCAAAGAACACUGGGUCACAGUGGGCUUCCCCAUUGUAUUUGUAACAGCCAAAACUGAGUUGGUGGCACCAGAUGGCUGGCAUCUCAUUAGCCAAAAAGGAAGUUUACAAGCUACGUUUGAACUCAUGGUCUGUUCACAUCCAUCUGCAAAGGACUGUACAGGUGACACAGGGCAUACCAAGCUGGCAUCAUGACAGAUGGUCUCUACUGAGAUUUAGAUGAUGAAGGAAGUCAUGUAACCAGAACCAGCCAGCACCCCAGUAGGAUAGGACCUCCAUACCUGUAAGACGGGGCCUACCUGUAGUCUGCCUGGCAUGUCACCCACUGCACUGGCUUGGUAUUUCUCUUGCGGUUCUGUGUACCCCAGCAUCCCAUCUCAGCAGCCAUAGUAUCAUCAGUGCAUGAGCCAGCUCUGGCCGUAUAUGCAGAUACUCUGCAAUCCUUAGGCUAAAGGGCCAUGCACACAACGGUAACUUGGGUUUUCCUCUUAGCAAAGUCAGUGUGGAUCAGUGAGACUCGUCUAUGGGUGUCAGCCCUGCUAGCCCUCACAAUAGUCUUUCCAUCCAUGGCCUGCAUUCAGUGUUCAUUACCUCUCUAGAAAAGGCUGGGGCUGGGGUUGGGGAUUUAGCUCAGUGGUAGAGCACUUGCCUAGCAAGCGCAAGGCCCUGGGUUCGGUCCUCAGUUCCAAAAAAAAAAGUAGAAAAGGCUGUCUCUUUCUCCUGGGUGUGGGCACUUGUGACCCAGGUGAUACUGCUUUGACUGACUUAGGUACGUGCACUAAUUGAAGUGUGUGUAUGUACCAACGUGUGUCGGCAUCAGUGAGACUCACAGCAGACCUGGGUCAUCAUGGCAGUCUGGCUGCAGGGGAGGCUGCAGAUGUGUGCAUGCAGUUUUCCCAGCCCCUCUCAAAAGCUGACCAUCUUUUUCUAAAGGUGUCCCGGAGAAUAGGGAGGUCAAGAUGAAAGCCGACGGCCACGUGUUGGUAGUUACUGAGCCUGGAGAGGUGUACACAAUCCUCGUUUUAUUCUCAGCUUCGAUAUGGAUUUCAACUUUUCAUAAUAAAAUAUUUUCUAAAGUUG